CAAAAAUUGAGCGAUACAUUUCCCCAAGAUCAUGUCAAAUCUUCUAUUCAUGGACAAGUCCAACGGCAAUGGAGUCUAUGCGGUGAAGCCGAAUGGCAGUGGCCACACGGACAACGAGGCUGGAACAACUGGAACGGGAACAGGUGCAGCUGCAGCUACGGCCGCCACAAACAACAUAAGCAUAAUGAACGAAGCUGCUGCUGCGGCCGCUGCUUCCGUUUCCGGUAUGCCCACAUCCGCUUCUAGCGAGGAUCUCAGCCAGAGCCUCUCGGAAUACACGGAUGCCGACGAAAGCAUAUCGGCACCGACAGAAUUUUUGGCCGAGUUCCUGUCCGCGGUGAUGCUAAAGGAUUACAAAAAGGCUUUGAAAUACUGCAAAUUAAUUCUCCAGUACGAGCCCAACAACGCCACGGCUAAAGAGUUCUAUCCCCUCAUCCUGGAAAAGCUACGUGGAGUGCCCACAUCCAGCGACAGCGAUGAGAACUACAAUAAAUCUUCAUCACCCGACCUGGCUCUAGAUCUGCAUCCCUCCGAUGUGGAGGCGGAUGCCGACGAGGAUGGAGAUGGGAACUGCGAUGGAGACGGCGAGCCAGAUGACGAAGACAGCGAGAGCUCUGAGGAGGACAAUGAGUGGGGCGACGACGAGAUUGAUAACGUGGAUGUGAUGGAUGGCGAGGACGAGCAGGAGAGCAGCAGCAGCGGCGAUGACUUUGAGUUGCCCAUCGACGACGCCGGGCAGGAUCCCAUCGUCUUACCCGUCCACCCCUCUCACUCGCAUCCCCAUUCCCACAAUGAUUCAGGAUCCUCGAGAAACUCCUCGAGUGGAGGCAGCGGUCGCAGCGACAACACCACGCACUCGUACUCCAGCCUGCUGCUCGAGGAGGAGGAUGACAUUGUUCCUGUCAGCUUGAACUUUGGACUCAAGGAAAACCAGGCAGCUGAUUUGGACGUGAGCAAUGGGAACAAAGUGCCCUCUGCCUCGUGCAGUGACUCCGAGUCCCCCACAGAGCCACUGACCCAGCGACUGGCAGCCAUCCUCCGCUCCAAGUGCGGAGUCGCCAGCGGCGGGACCGACGAGCCCUACUAGGAAGCUAUCCGCUCCUGGGGAAGGCUAUAUACGUACAUAGAUCGCAGAGCCUAAACAGAGUUUAGCAGCUGCGCAUAUAUAAUAUAAUUAUAUAUAUUCUUGUAUCUCUUUAAAGAAAACCCGAACCCCGCUCGACUAGUCGGCAUCCCACGUUAGUGCGGUCGAUCGCUUUACGAACCUAGAAACCGUCCCAAGCUGCAUACUCUCGUAUUUCGUAUCUCGUACUUGUAUUUCUUGUAUCUUGUAUCUUGUAUCUCCGGUUGCAAAUGUAUUCUUCGAGCGCGAAUCUCCCUAGGAAAAACAUAUCGUACAAAACUCAAUAAGAACUUGUAUACAUCAAUACCUAUAAAAAUUAUAUAUUAUUAUAUACUAUAUACGGGGUUGGAUUAAGAAGAGCCCCACAUUUGGAAACCCCUUCUUCCUAGAGUUUAGAAAAUCCUUUAGGUCCUUCGUAUAGGAGAUAAACUGUUAUUUUAUUUACUGAACACUUUUGGAAGAAUGUGGCGGGCAUUCUUUAUCUGCCCCUGACUAUAUACUGUACAUGUCUAGCCUAGAACGCAGUUAUACUCAAAUCGUAGUCUCGCGUACCAGAAUCAGAAUAUAUUUUAGUAAGCCACCCAUUCAGAACGCACAGGACACGGAAUGCUUUACAUAUUUGCAUUUGAUAGAGACCGAUUUUUGCCCAGAGAUGUAAACGGAUGCGAAGGAUAAGUCUGAUAAGUUAUGGAAGAGCGACCCAGCAGCGAUCGAGAGUAGAACUACAACUGAAAUGGUCCAAAGUCACAAAACUACUUAGAUAAAUGUAAAUAGAAUAUUUUUUAUCAAUACCGUGUGUACUUUAGUUUUCUUUCCAACCUGGAACAUCCCUUAAUACUCACGUUUGUAAUCGUAGCUAAGUUUUCCUAAUUUUAAUGUUAAAUUAUAUAU